AUUAGAAAGAGAGUGUUUCUCCACAAACAAGCAAAUGAAUGAGAAAAUUGAGGAAAAGAAGAAGGUGAUUAAAGACCUCUCUGAGAGACUAGGGAAUAAUGAAAAAACCUGCAGAGAGUUACAGGAGGAACUUGCAAUGGCCAAGAAACACCAGGUCUUUCUAACAGAGACGUAUGAAAACAACAUGAGAGAGCUGGAGUUACUCUUGGACAGCUUUGCUAUGUCAGGCCAGCGGACAGCAGGCACUUGUAAGGACAAAGAUAAACCUCCAAGCCUCUCUGUCCUUGAGACUUUGAGGUGUACCUUGACAGCUUACCAGAACAAGCUGGAAGAUACGUCUAAUGAGCUUGGGAAAAUGAAAGCUUUGUGUGAGAAGAUGACAAAAGAACUUGAGAUAUCCAAAGAGAAAAUGUGUGCUUUAAGUCAAGACCUUAAGGAAGCUCAGGAUAACCUGUCUGAUGCCAAUAAAGAGUUAAAUCAUCUGCACACUAAGUGUGCAGACAGAGAGACUUUAAUAGGAACUUUAAAAAUGGAACUACAGAAUGUACAGCGGUGCUGGGAGGAGGAGAAAAUACAUGCCACAGAAUCUGAAAAUGAAAUCCAGAAGCUUACCAGGGCUUACCAGAAGGAUAUGGAGGAGAAGCUAACCUUCCUCCAUAGCUUAUACCAGCGUUUGGUAGCAGGCUGUGUGCUUAUAAAACAACCAGAAGGCAUCCUAGAUAGAUUCUCUUGGCCUGAGCUUUGUACAGUCUUGCAGGAGAAUGUUGAUGCCCUGAUCUUAGACCUCAGCAGGGCUAAUGAGAAGAUAUCUCACCUAGAAUAUGCUUGUAAGAACAAGUCUGAUACUAUAAAGGAGCUUCAGCAGAGCCAGGAAGAUGCUUUUAGCAAAAUGGCUGAACAGAUGAAAGCACAGGAAAGCUGUUGGCAGAAACAAAAAAAGUAUUUGGAACAGCAGUACUCAGGUCUCCUUGGGGAAGUUCAGGCAAGGGCACAGAAAUAUCAAGAAACAGCAGAGAAAAACAAGGAAAAAAAUUUUAUCCUUGAAAAAAGAUGGAAGAAAUUGACCCUUGAAAAUAUUUCUCUGAAAAAUACUCUAAUGCAGGUUCAGAAUGAGCAUUCAUCUCUCCUGGCAGCCUGUGCACUAUUGGCAGGUGCCCUGUAUCCUCUCUAUGGCCGAUCAUGUGCUAUGUCUUUCCAAAGAGACCUUCUCCAGGACCAGGUCAACAUUUAUGAAUUAGUGAACCAGGAGAUAAGGACCCUAGUUCAUGUUCUCUCUGAUGCAGAGGGAAACAAUGAAGAUGAAGCAAAACUGAAGAAAAGAUUCAAAGGCCUGAUUCACGUAUUCCGAAGAGGUGUGAUUGCAGUUUUGGCAGCUAACAGACUUAAAGUUUUAGCCCAGUCUUCUCGUUCCCUCUUCUCCUGGGUAAAUGGCUUUAAAGAAGGCAUUGGAAUUCUGGUUUGUAUAGGAGACUCCAAAGGCAAGCGUAAUCUGUCAAGUUGUGAAGAGGAACAAACUCACUGUGGUGAAAUACUCAGCUGGUUUACUAGUUCUAGCCUCCUUGCUGCAAUAAUCAGUUCUGUCACUGAAUUACAGGAUGUUGUUAACAAAACAGAUCCAAAGCCCUGGCUUUCUGGACACUUACUUGUAAGUGCAGCCAGGAACUCCUUCUCAAAACUUAUGGACAAGCUGAAUGUAAUAAUGGAGACUGUUCCAAUGGACAGCAGCAGGAGGAUUACUUACCUGGAGAAAGAUUCCUUGGUACAGAGGCUAGCUCAUGGACUUCAUAAAAUAAAUAUCCAGGCCCUGGAAGCUGGAUUGUGUGACAGACUACCCGUUAUGAAAAGCAUAGCAUCCUUGCAGAAGCAAAUAUUUGAAUUUACACAAAGACUUCAUACAGCUGAGGUGGAACGCCACUCACUGCGCCUAAAACUUUCAGAAUUCAAAUGGAAUUUCAGUGAGAUGAAAAAAGUAGCUGCCAAAGCCCACAGCCUGCAAGAGCAGUUUAAUAUGUUUAAGCAAUCUAAAUUGAUCACCCAUGAGAGGUUUGAAAGUGCAUGUGAAGAAUUAAAUAAUGCAUUACAUCGGGAGCAUCAGGCACAAGUGCUUUUGAAUGAACAAGCACAACAGCUACAGGAGUUAAGUAAUAAACUAGAACUGCAUUCCAGUGAAGAAGCAGAUAAAAACCAAGUCUUAUGUGAAACUGUAAAGGUAAGAUUAUCCUUCUGA